AUGUGGCAAGCCGAACGACAAGUACACAAAGUGAACAGCGUCAGUGGUCCCAUCAGCCCUGCAAUCCCGGUUAUCCGCCAGAGCUUUUUCGGGUUAUAUGUUAUCGCCGAUGUAAAUCUCUGCGUGUACGCUGAUCACGGACAUAGCUUCGUGCUUUUCAGCGACGGCACGGUCGACAAUGAGGCAACUGUCAACCGUGUUUUCGAUAUUGCGCUGUCUUUCGCUCGGGCCGGCGCUCACUGUGUGGCUCCAUCGGAUAUGAGCGACGGUCGUAUCCGUGCUAUCAAGCUCCAGCUCCUCAACGCCCGGCUCGAAUGUAAAGCUGCUAUCAUGUCAUAUUCUGCAAAAUACGACAACUGUCUCUACGGGCCUUCUUGA